GUGGCUCCGCGCAGUCUCCGGGCGCCGCCGGUCCGUGGUUCGGGUCCCCGCGCUGCCCGCCCCCUCCCCCCCCAUGGCCGCCCCGCAGGACCCGCUGCCCGCAGCAGAUCAUGCAGCAAAAGAGCCGGUGGAGGAUACAGAUCCAAGCACUCUUUCCUUAACAAUGACUGAAAAAUACCCUGUCCAAGACACCGGAGUACCUAAAGAUGAGGAGUACCUAGCAGAUCAGGUUACUUUGGAAAUUGCAUCUGUGAACAUCAAGACCCUUACAUCAGAUUCUGGCCUAAUCCAACAGCCAGAAGACAAAGACACGCAAAACCAUACUGACAAAUCACUUUCAGAUCUCAAGAAAACCUGCAAUGAAAAUGGCACCUGCUCCUUGUGCUUAUUCCGUGCGCCGACCAUCAGUGACAUGCUUGAUGACGAGGACUUGUUGUACACAGUGAGGCUAAAGCUGGAUCCCUGCCACCCAACAGUGAAAAACUGGAGAAAUUUAGCAAGCAAGUGGGGGAUGACUUAUGAUGAAUUGUGUUUCCUUGAACAGAAGCCUCAGAGUCCCACGUUGGAGUUCUUGCUACGGAAUAGUGACAGGACUGUGGACCAGCUGAUUGAGCUCUGUAAAUUUUAUAAGAGAAUCGAUGUUGUGAAGGUGCUGCUGAAAUGGGUAGAGGAGGAAUGGCCAAAGAGAGGGAACAGAACUUAUCAGAAUGACUUCUAGGUCAAAUAAAUUUGUUAGUCUCUAAGUGUUAGACACUGGGACUAGCUGCCACUAGUAUAUUGGGAAGUUUCCCUAGCAAGACAGAGAGAGAGAGAUAGCCUGUACUGAUGGUUUGUAUACUAUGUAAGCUUUAUGUACUGUAUACACGUGUAUAUGUUCUGUACCCUAAGGGUUGCAGAGAUAACCUUCCAAAAGUGGAUGGAAUAAUGCAGGUUGUAUUCUUGAGUCUACAAAUGCUUUCAGUUUCUUUGCUGCUGUUUGUAGGGUUCCUAAGCUGAAGAGGAAUGAAAAAGCCAGACCUACUGGUUUUACUGCUGCAGUUGUGAACUAUGACAGUUGUAUGCUGUUGCUAUUGGGAAAGCCAUAAUUAGAAGGCAAGUCUCUUCGCCUUCCUGGCAACCUUUCUGCAAUUUUAUAUGUUCAACCUAGCAGAAGAUGAGAGUUUGUUGGGUUUUUUCCCUUCGUUAACAAAAAAAAAAAAAAAGCUUUAUGGUACUGUUUUUGGCACAGGGACAGCUUAGUAUUCCAAGCUGCAGUUUGGAUUUGCAUGUUACAAUUAAUUCAAUGUUUCAACAUCACAUUCAGGCAAAUUAUACUUUACGUGUCUUUUAUAAACAGGAAUAAAUGUUAAACAAAAUGAUUAUUUGCAUACUUCUACAUCAUAGGACAUAUAUUUGCUGUAGAAGAAAAUCAUGCAUUUUAGAGAGACUUUCCAGCCUAUAACCACUAGGAACCAAAAAACCUCAAUUAAAAUACUUUAUACUUAAAAUUAGUUUCCACAGUUUUGAAGAAAAUGUACACUCUGAAUGCACAUAUCUGUUUAUUUCAAAUGCUACUUGCUUUGCAGUGUGAGGUGACACCUAAUGGUCACCCACGGGAUAUUCUUAGCGUUGAGUAUAACUUCCCUUCUCAGAGGCUGUGGUUUUCACAGUUCUGUGGGUUGACCUGUUUUUUGUCCCACUCCAAAGCAGUUGCAUGCUUGCAUGAAACUAGCGCAAAUUUAUGUGUUGAUUAAAACCACUCCAAUGGGGAAUUCACAAGUGAAUUAAUCUACAGUUUAGGUGGAUUGUGUUAUUAAAGCACUUACAGUGGUUUAGACUGAUGUUUCUCGAAGAAUUCUUAUACUCUGAAUUACAGUGUUUACAUCUUAAAUAUUUUAUGAGUUGGUCUUUUUGCUACCAUCCUUCUGUGUUCUAAUAUUUUAAAAAAACUCCUCACAAAUCAGUUAUGCAAUAGAGCGUAUAAAGUACUUACGGCUAUAAUGCCCCGAAGAAAAAUGUUGUGACUUAAAAGUAUUUCUGGUUGUUACCCUUACAAAAGCAUCUCAUGCAAUACUAACAUGUACAUAGGUGUAUAUACCAAAGCACUAGUGAGUGGUAUGUCAGGAUGUGGGGCAAAACUAGAAGGGGGUACAGGUUGAUGCACUGUUUACUUUUCUCGAGUAGAAAUGACUAAUUAAGAAUUAGUAGCAAAGCUGAGGGAAGUCUAAGGUUGUAUAUUGAGUUUCUUACUGUAAGAGAAUGAAAAGGGACCUCUAGUAGUACUAGACAGUAGAUGCUGAGUGAAAUGGUUACAGAGCAUCAAGAAGUAAAGACUAACAUUUUCCAUGUCAGUUGCUAGUUCUGGGGUGACACAAAUUAGCUUUAUUUUAGUGGCUUCCAGAAGCUGGAGAUCUAGUUUCAAGGUGAAAAGACUGACCUAAAUUUGAGGUUUGUUUUUUUUCUUUUUUUCUUUUCUUUUUCUUUUUCUUUUUAAAAGUUUGUGGAAGACUAGAGUUUUUAAUAACUUUUAAAAAAAAUAUUCAUCAGAAAAGUUGUUACUCUGUAGAACAGCCCUUCUUUUUAAAGUGGAAAUUGUAUUGCUGUAUCUUGCAGGGGCUGCAGUUCAAAUGUUCAGGGCUUUCCUGAUAGAUGUCUAUUAACUCUUAACUUUUGCAAAUAAUCUUGUGGUUUCAACUAGAAUUCUGGAAUCGACCUUAAGGACUACUGCUGUGUCCAGGCUGCCUGCUAUUUUCAGUUCCUACGGAGGCAUCCACUGCAUGUAUGCAAAUAGCUCAUCAUGCAGCUUGUCCAACAUAAUCCUCAUACCUUGUGUCUACUGUAUGCAUGAUUUAAGAUCAUGUGUCUUUAUGUUAAGUUGUCUUCUGAAUGAUGAGUGCUUGCAUAUAUGCCAACAGCUUUUCUCUCCCACAACGUACCACAGCUAUGUCUGGGUGUGGUAUGAUAGUAUGCUUUGCUGUGAUAGAUCUGGUCCAGCAAGGAGCUGGAGCCCUCACCUGAAAACUCACAGUGGGAACACGAAGUUACACAGCAGCAUUUCUGAAUUCAGAUGUUCAAGUGAAAUCUACCCCUUUUCCUGUUUUCUGGCUAAAACUUGUAAAAUUUUGAAGAAACACUUUUGUCUUGUGGAAAUGAGUUCUGAUCCCCUGAAGCUUUUGACCUGUCAACGUCAGCGACAAGUACUCAUGUCUGAUGGAAAUAAAGCUGCUUCUGAGAGCUCAUAUGUGGAUUUUGUAUAAAUUCAGCACUAAAAGUUGAAAUUGUUGACCUUAAACUUCAUUACACACUGGAUUACUCGUUAGUAUACUUGAAAUAUAUAUUUCUUCUUUGUAUGGGAUGAAUUGAGAUGUACAUACUAUUUUUAGUUUUACAUCUGUUUACAAGAUACUGGGUCUGAACAUUCAGUUUAUUCCUAAAUCUCCUGAAUAAUGUAUACUAUUUUUAGACAAAAUAUAUAUUGUCAAUGUU